UUCUUAUGCGUUUUCUUGCUCAACGUUAGUAAUAAGAUCUAAUGGUUCACGACUAUUCUGAAAAUAUUUUUACUUAUAUAACAUAAAGGUAUAUAUAUAAGAAACUGUUCAACAAAAACGUCGAAAGAAAUCACAAUGUCUUUUAUUACAACGUUCUUCAUAUUUCUGUUCCUAAAUGUAUCUUUCAAUACAGCUGACUUAUUGGGUAAUCGACUAUCUAUUCAAAAUUCUCAAGACCACCAUCCCGAGGAAGGUCUCGUCGAGGUCUUCCUGAAUCCAAAUUCGGUCAUCCCAAAUAAUCCUGUGUUGAUCGAUGUGCUCGAAUUAAAUUUUAAAGCAGAGGAUAUAAGUUAUGAGCUUUAUACCAAAGAUAAUAAGGAACAACCUAUUUCUCUGCGAGUGGGUGAUGCUAUUCAACUGAAGGAUUCGCCGUUUAAUCCUACGUGGCCAACCAAGAUUAUUAUUCAUGGAUGGACAGAGACAGGAAAUGCUUUUUGGCUACAUGACAUCCGGCGAAAUUAUCUUAGUGUAGGGGAAUAUAAUGUAAUUUGUGUGAAUUGGCUCAUUGGUUCAACCAGAGAAUAUCUAACAUCUGUCCAACUCACUCAACAGGUGGGAGAAUACGUGGCUGCAUUUAUCGAAUUUCUUGGAUCAGAGACUCAAGUUUCCUUUGACGAUAUUCACAUUUUGGGACACAGUUUGGGUGCCCAUGUAGCCGGAUACAUCAGUAAUUCUGUAUCGAAGAAACUCGGGCGUAUUACCGGACUUGAUCCAGCUGGGCCGGCAUUCGAGACACCUUAUCUUAAAGAUACGAAUGAGCGACUGGAUGCCGCGGACGCCACUUUUGUGGAUGUUAUUCAUACUUGUGCUGGCAGUUUAGGUUUCUUCCGACCUAUCGGCCAUGCAGAUUUUUAUCCGAACGGAGGAACAUUUAAGCAACCCGGAUGUCCUAUAUUUUCAUCCCAAACCUGCAGCCACGGUAGGUCGUACCAAUUUUUCGCCGAGUCCAUCGUACAUCCUGAUGGCUUCAUCAGCGUGCAAUGCUCCAGUUGGUUGGAUUUCCAGCUUGGUAAAUGUGGCGAUAAUAAUUCUAGCAUCGCCGUUAUGGGCGAAUUUAUCAAUACUGAUGUUCGAGGUAUUUUUUAUCUACAAACCAAUGCACAAUCGCCAUUCGGAAAAGGCAAGGUAAAAUGAAUAAUGAUAGAUAACUUUGCUAUCUAUACUUAUGAUACGUAUUCAGAUAAUAAGACCUGCAGAGUAGAAUAGAAUAUGUUACCAAUUUUUGAUGACAGAAAGGCAACAAAUUGUACACACAGUAUUACCUAAAGAUGUCAGCAAACUAUCAUCAAAAGUAUGAUAAAAGCCGCUAUUUACAGAUGUUUACAUUACUUAAGACAGUCUUAAAAUAAAGCCUUUAACGACUGACUCAUAAUUUUAAGAUAAUGUUUUAUGUUCUAAGCUUUUGUCUUCAGUUACGUAUAAUAACUGUCUUAUGUCUCGAGUCUUAAAUCAAAAAGUUUCUGUUUGUGACUUAAGACAAAAUCAUAAAACAUUUUCUUAAAACUACAAGGCAGUCGUUCUGCUAAGGGUUUAAGAUUCGACUAUAAAUACCGGCGAAAGUUUGCUGAUAUAUCAUGACAGCAGAAAUCGAGCAGAAUUUACAGCUUCUACUCGAUUUCUGCUGCCAAUCUACUGUCAAAUUAUACACGCGCGCGUAUCCUACAUGAUUUCUGCCACCAAUCUGCUGACACAAUAUAUCAGCAGAUUUUGUCGACAGAUUGUGAAUAACUGAUCGAACAGAUGGCUACGGGUUUGUAGUCAAAAUCUGAUUGAUUUGCUGCUAAUCUACUAGCAAAAUGCUAUUUGGGUAUACAUGUAUUUUUCAUUACAAUUAGUGAUACGGAAACGUGCAAAGAAGAAAAACAUAGAAACACUUUACUUACAUGAUAUCUCUAUUACAAAUAAAUUACGAUAUAAAACAAGCCGAUACAAAAUAAUAAAAAAAUUAUGCGUAUGGAAAUUUGUAUGUAAUAAUGGAGUAUAUUUCGCGCGUCAGUUUUAUCGUUCUGCAAGCGUCGCUUCUUGGACGGUUUCUGAAUUUCAUCUCCACAAGUUGUAUGCAAUACUUUCGACGUACUCUAUCCCAGUUGACGACGUUUUGUGUCCUCGGAAUAUUAUUUGAAAAAGUUUCACUAGUAGUCAGACCUGUUUGAAGCAAGUUAAUUCGAUUUCUUGCUGCUUGCUGUUAGCGGAAGCAUUCUAGUAAUUUAAAAUGAAAAAGAAGGAGAAAGAUUAUCUGAAAUGUUCAAUAAAAUUUAUCAAUAAAAUUGUUCAAUGAA